AUGUUGCUUGGUUGCACCUCAUUGUGGCCACACCGCCCACCAAUCAGUGAAUCACGUGUAGGCGGCACCGACCCCGGAUCUCACGGCGCCGUCGCCAAACGCGUCUUGCCCCAACCUUGUCGACUCGAGAAGCACUCCCGCGCCUCCUUUGCCACCUUAUUUGAAGCAGACGAUGAGCGCUUGUCCUCUGACGGAAGCAUGAGUUCCGACGACAGCGACGACCAUCUCGCGCCACCGGGCAGCGCUGUUCCCCACUACGGCGGGCACGACGCCCGGCCGACCAGCCCCAAGGAGAUCAAAGGCUGGUACAUGUAUGCUUUUGCCGCGGAGACGUAUGUUAUUUGCGGAAUAGGGUCAUUUAUCCCCAUUCUGCUGGAAUCGCUCGCUCGUGAAAAUGGUGUCCUCAUGUCCGAUCCUACCGUACCCUGUGGGAGCAGCGACAGCAGAAACGAAGACGACGGCCAGUGUGUCGUCUACGUCCUCGGCAUCCCCAUCAACACGGCCAGCUUCGCCAUGUACACUUUUUCCGUCAGCGUCCUAGCCCAAGCCCUCCUGGUGGUCAGCAUCAGCGGCGCCGCCGAUCACGGCAGCUAUCGAAAGAAGAUGCUUUUGGCCUUUGCUUGGAUCGGUAGUUUUUGCGUCAUGGGCUUCAUCUUCGUCAACAAGUCGGUGUACAUUCUCGGCGCCAUACUCACCAUCAUUUCAAACACCGCUUUUGGGGCAUCUUUUGUCCUGCUCAACUCGUUUUUACCGCUACUGGUUCGCAAUCAUCCCACGCUACUUGCUGCGAAAGUGCCCGCCGCACAUAAUUUUGGCGAUUCAGUUUUGAACUCGCAGCCACGGCGGAACUCUGUCGACAACUUGAACAACUCGACCUCUGCGCUGCUCCCCGACGAAGCCGCAAUGGAAAAUGGAUCAAAGCUUGGUCUGCCACACGCCGAUCUUACUUCCCAAGAGCUCAAGCUGUCCACUAGCAUCUCUUCGAAAGGAAUCGGUACCGGCUAUAUUGCAGCUUUAUUUGUUCAAUGCGUCGCUAUUGGAAUCAUUAUUGCCAUGAAAAAUACGACAUGGUCACAGCGGGUGGCUUUAUUCGUUGUUGGCUGCUGGUGGGCCAUCUUCACCAUCCCAGCAGCGCUGUGGCUUCGCCCACGACCUGGCCCCCCGCUUACCAUCAAUGGGCGCACCGAGGGCAUCUCUUGGAUAUCCUAUUUUGUAUACUCGUGGAAGUCUCUUAUCAAGACGGUGCGCGUGGCGCGCCGACUGAUGGAUAUCAUGCUCUUCUUGGCCGGUUGGUUUCUUCUCUCUGAUGCCAUUGCCACGACAAGUUCCACAGCUAUCCUCUUUGCCAAAACGCAGCUUCAUAUGAAGCCAUGGGCCUUGGGCAUGAUCAAUGUCAUUUCGACAGCGUCGGGUGUCUUCGGCGCCUUUGGCUGGUCCUGGAUCUCCAACUUUUUUGGCCUCAAGCCGCACCAGACUAUCCUUGUCUGCAUCGGCCUCUUUGAGCUCAUACCCCUCUACGGGCUGAUGGGCUAUCUGCCCUUCAUCCAGCGCUGGGGUGUGCUGGGUCUGCAGCAGCCGUGGGAAAUGUACCCUCUUGCGGCCGUUUACGGCCUUGUGCUCGGCGGUCUUGGCGCCUACUGCCGUUCCCUCUACGGCGAGCUGAUCCCCCCCGGAUUUGAGGCAGCCUUUUACGCGCUAUAUGCUAUUACGGACAAGGGGUCCAGCGUGUUCGGGCCUGCGAUUGUGGGACGCAUCAUCGACAAGACGGGCAGCAUCCGUCCGGCUUUUUGGUUCUUGGGCGCGAUGGUUGGGUUGCCGGCGCCCCUGAUCUACAUGAUUAAUGUCGAGCGCGGCAAGCUAGAUGGUAGCAAGGUGGCGGAAACACUGGAGGGAGUCGUGGCGGACACGCACCAAGAGGAGGGAGAGGAGGAGGAGAGACGCGCUAUGCUCAGACAUGACGAGGGGCCGGAUUCGGAAGAGACGGCAAGACGCUAG